GCCGAGCAUGACGCACACGACAAAAGCAUCUUUGUCACUUUCGCCGGUUCCCCACUCGACGAAGCGCAUGAAAGCGGCUCCGAAAUGCCGCAACGAAUACCAGCGCAAGAUGCAGCGCAUCUACCGCCGCAACGAAGCCGACGAGCGCCGGAGUCUCCGGCACUCGGCCGCAAUGCUCGAGGCCUACGUCACACUGCAAAAGGCGCUUCAAAUGGUGUCGUGGCAAGACACGGCCGUCGCGCUCGCCGAAGAAACCCACGCCGCCCACGAAGAGCACGCCGCCCUCCUGCACCAAGUCGCACACCAGCGCGCGCUCUGCGACGCCAUGGCCUCCUUUGUCCACAGCACCUCGCCGUUGCCAGACGAGCCGCAGGCACGCCACUUGAGCCUCGAGUGGAUCACCCAGCGCAUGUAUAUGAACACGCGGUCGGUCGUCCAAGGCCAAGACGACGUCUUUGCCCGUCUCGAGAUGCAUGUACCAGUGGACCUCGACACCGUCGCGGCUGCGUACGGCCGCCAGUUCUUGCCCGAGCCCCUUCUUGAAGUGACCGAUCCUCUUCAGGAUCGUAUCACGACGUCUGGGUGCAGUGCUACACGCGAGACGCUUUUGGAUGAUGCCACCAUGCGUCUCAAAGAAGAAAGCACCGACGCCGAUCCUCUUCCGUUGCCGGCGUCUUCUUCGCACCGGCAUUGGGACUUUGGGCUCGGCGCGCAUGCCUUUGUGACGCGCGCAUUCGCCGACCGAAAUCAGACGACGCUGGUUGUCGCGAGCACGCCACACGAGCACAUUCGAGGCUGGAUCGUCGCCACGGCGCUGGACGCUUCAACGACCGUCGUUCAAGAGGUGUGGGUCGUUCGUCACGACGUCGUACGGAGCCCGCAAGCGUUUGUACAGGCGCGCCACGCGUUUGCCCAGUCUUUCUAAUUUACCCUGUUAAUUUACCUCGUACAGUGUCUA